AUGCACAGAAGCAAACCAGAACAAUACAAAAAUGUGCCUUUGUUUAAAGUCGGUACUUCAGGCUUUAGCUGGAAAACGUUUGGUGACAGCACAAGUUCAUCGGAGUUUGAAGAAAUAUCUUCAGAUCUUGGUGGUUGCAGUAUAAAGAAAAUGGCAGGAGCCACUGAGAACGCUAAGAAAGAACACUUGUACAAAAUACUGGUCAUUGGGGAGCUCGGUACAGGAAAGACAAGUAUUAUCAAACGAUAUGUUCAUCAGUUCUUUUCUCAACACUACAGAGCCACCAUAGGUGUAGAUUUUGCGUUAAAAGUUCUAAAUUGGGAUGCAGAAACAAUUGUACGGCUACAGCUUUGGGAUAUUGCUGGCCAGGAGAGGUUCGGAAACAUGACCCGGGUUUAUUAUCGUGAGGCAGUGGGCUGUAUUAUAGUGUUUGACGUCACAAGAGCAUCUACAUUUGAUGCUGUCACUAAAUGGAAAGGUGACCUUGACAGUAAAGUGCAGUUAGCAGAUGGAAGCCCUGUACCUUGUGUGUUACUGGCUAAUAAGUGUGACCAAGCAAAGGAAGGAUUAGUGAACAAUUCAGCACAUAUGGAUGAGUUCUGUCAUGAAAAGGGGUUCGUCGGCUGGUUUGAGACGUCGGCUAAAGAAAAUAUAAACAUCGAUGAAUCCACUAGAUACUUAGUAAAUAGGAUUUUACAAAACGAUCAAAAUUUAAGAGCGGAGGACGAAAACGACCGUGAUAAAAUUGAAUUAGGAGAUGAAGAUCGGUUCCGAAAAUCAAAGAAAAAUGAGGGCGGAUGUUGUUCUUAGCAACUGGUAAAACACUCAAGUAUGAAAACAAUCAUCACCCAUCUGUUGUGAGCUAGCCUGAAACAUGGUCCUAUACAAACUGUUGUUUUAGUACAACACUGUACUUGUGAUAAUGAGUGGAACUGUU